AUGGACGAGUGGGUGUCAAUUCAUAGGCUUCUUGGCGGAGGAAAAGUGGCGGACAUUCUGCUGUGGAAGGACAGGAACUUAUCUGCAGGUGUGCUCCUCGGGGCCACGUUGAUCUGGUACCUGUUAGAAGUGGUUGAAUACAACGUAAUCCCGCUCCUUUCCCAGAUUGUCAUCUUGGCCAUGCUCGUGGUCUUCAUUUGGUCGAAUGCCACGCCGCUCUUGAACAUACCCCCUCCAAGAAUCCCAGAAGUCAUCGUCUCUGAGCAUGCCUUCCGACAUAUAGCACAGACCAUCCAUUACAAACUGGCAUACACUGCUGCUGCUCUUUAUGACAUUGCAUGUGGAAAGGAUCUGAAGAAAUUCCUCUUGGUGAUCUUUUCACUGCUAAUAUUGUCUGAGAUUGGAAGUUCUUACAGCUUCACAAGUCUACUAUAUCUCGGAUUUUUGUGUGCUCACACUUUGCCAGCAUUGUACCAAAGAUAUGAGACAGAGGUGGACCAUCUAGCUGCAAGAGGUAGUGAAGACAUCAAGAGGUUCUAUAAGAGGAUUGAUUCCAAUUUGCUCAACAAAAUAGCAAGAGGCCCUGUCAAGUCAAAACCUAUAUAAGAUAUACUCCCUGAAGAUACAUCAAUAAUUCCCUCGAAAGGGAAUGACCUAUCAUUUGAUUGCUUCCAGCGAAAAUGGUCCUAUUGUAAUUUGUACAAAGGUGCGUGAACCAGAAAAGCAAGAAGUAGCUUCAACUGAGCCUGGAGAAUUCAGACUGUCAACAUUCAAAUGUACCUAUCAAUGCAUGGAUACAAGCAUAUUUUCAAGACUUCACAAUCAAUAUGAAAUGAACUAUAAUGUUGUAAUCUCAACAAAGCAGAUCAUUAAUAAGAAUUGAGUGGUGUUUUCUCUUUCAA